ACGUCACUAACUUCCUGCAAUAGUUGUUUGGAUAAUGGCGGCUCGUCAGCUAACAUAGCUUCUAACCUGUCAUUAAAAACCGGUUAAAUACCCGACAAACAGCGGGAAUCGAGUACAAAAAACGCCUCCGUCUGUUUCUGAUGCCUGCGUUGGGCUGGAGGUUAAGAAGACAUGGUUCUUUGAGAAAAGCUCCUGUAAGGAGGGCGGAGUAGCGAUGUGGAGCCAAUCAGGAAGAGAGAAACCUCCAGCGACGGAGCCACGGGGAGUGGGGGAGUACGAGCUGUCAUCUGCAUGGAGGAAUCCGAACCAGGGCAAAGCAGCUCUGCGUCACAUCAAUAAUCAGUCGGAGGCGGCGGUCGGUUCAGGAGUUGUCAUCACCUCACUGAACACGGAGAAGACACACAAACACAAACGCGGAGGGAGGCGGAGCUCGGAUGGGGAUGAUGCAGCGGUUAAGCCCCGCCCACAGAGCCGACGCAGCCCGGAUAAGAGCUCUCGGAGCCCGCUGAGGACCAGCACGCAGGACAACACACACACCUCACACAGACCUACGUCCUCUCCCCCCGAGGCAUCCCUGAGCCACCUGGUGUACGACCGAGACUGUCGUCCUCUCCACUCGGCCGACGCGGACAGCACUCGCUCCUCCGCGCUGGACGCCACGACCGUACGCGUCCUCAAUGACCCUCCCGCCCUGCACAGGUCAGAGGUCACGGUGGGGGGGUCGGAGGUCAGCCCGGGCUCGGCACGGCUGGAAAAGCUGCGUCAGCGUCAGACGGAUGACAAACUGGAGAAGCUGAGGGAGAGGAUCAGGAGGCAGAGGGAGCAGCUGGAGGACUCAACAGACAGGGCGGGGGAGCGGGCGGUAGGGGCGGGGCAGGGAAACCCUCCCCACCAGCACAUCGCCAAAGUGCGCAAAGUGGCAGCCGCUCCACCCGCGCCGAACUAUAAAGGGUUUAACAGCAGCGAGGUGAAGCUGCACUCCUCAGACAGCAGAGUGUGGGGACAGGACGAGUUUCACUUAAACCCCGAGAUUUAUAAAGCUCUAACGGACCAUCUCCCAGAGCGAGCGAAACGCAAACCGGCGGAGAAAGAGAGGCAGGAGAGGAAGCUGAUCAAACCCGUGAGGAAGAUCCACCGAUCUGCGUCUGUUCCCGAACCCAAACCAGCGAUCGGCACGUCGUCAUGGCGAGAUGGCCAGAAACUGGUGAAGAUGAUGCUGGGGCCGUUGCCACGGGAACCUCGUGCUCAAUCGGAGGGGAGAGCGAGACGGACAGGUACCGCAUCCUGCUCCAGUUCUGUCCCUGGGCCGGACCCGAGGCACCGCUCCAGGCCGAGCAGCACUGAAAAACCUGCAGCAUCUCAGCCCUCCAGAGCAGCAGGGGGCGCUAGAGGUAAAGAACAUCCCCCAAAUCUAUCCUCCAAGCCACCAGGGGGCAACAGAGAGCGAGAAACUGCAGUUACGCCGUCCUCCAGGCCACCAGGGGGCGCCGCUCUUCCCUCCAGCCUGGACCUCCUCUCUGCAAACAUUCGCACCAUCUUAGAUGAUCUGCAUCUGGAAGAAGGUGCCGGGUCACGCGAUGCGGACCGAGUCGGCAGAAAGAGGGCGGGUCGAAGCCCGUCAAAGCCACGCCCUGACAGUGCGGAGAGGGCGUUGCCGCGGAAACGGCACUACGACUCGGACACGGUGCGGCGCUACAUCGCUAAGCAACAGGAAGAGAGGAAGAGGAAGCAGGCGGAGGAGAGGCGGAGUCAGAGGGAGGAGCAAGAGAGGCGGAGUCAGAGAUUGCAGGAGCUGUACAAGAAACAACGAGAGGGUGUUACCAAGCAGCAAGCCCCGCCCCCUAAUCAUAUAAACCCACGUCUGCAAGAGACUUACACCAAGAUACUCCUGGAACACACGCUGCAACAGGCGUGGCCGGGGUAUCAGCCGUCUGGAGAGUCAGAUAAAGAGAACAAGAGACUGGAACCAGUGAGUCCUUCCACCAGCGACCUGUCGCAACACACACCGUCUCCCCUGUACAGGGGUGAUCUGGCGACGCCCCCUGCUGGUCAGUUCUUCUCCCAUCUCCUCAGUCUUGAUCCAGAGCGUGUAAACUCCACCACACACACCACGAGCAGGCUGAACCGUGUGGAAGCCUUGAAGGCGUGCGCUGCCUCUCUGUCCAACCGAAUCGAAACCGAAGCACGAAAACUCAUCACCCACGGCGACAACAAUGACGACACAGACGGCCACGCCUGUCGAGCCAAGCCGCCAAGCCCGCCAGAGAGAGAGCGACCCGAUUCCAGCUCGAGGAUCCACGACGACGCAAGCGAACUUCCCGGUGUCGGAAACAUGUAUGGCUUCAUCGUCCGAGAGGGGUGGGGUGAGAUCGCCAAACCCCGCCUGCUCCCCGCAGACUCCGCCCUCCCGUUCGCCGUGCAGGAAGAGAAGCAUGACUCAAGCGGAGGCUCCAUCAGCGAGGGCUUGCUGAGUGACGGCAGUCUGUCCGAUCCUGGUGACCGCAUCAACUUGUUCCGGAAGGAGGCGGAGCUUCACGUGCCGUAUAGGCCUGCAACAUCACAGCCUCCAUGGGAGGAGCUAAGCAAGGGCAGCCCUCACAGCGUCAUCAACAUAUUCGCCAGAAACAUCAACAAAUACGGCCACGUGAUGGACACAGAAGUGGACAGAUCUCCUCCUGCGCUCCGUUCCUCUCCAUCCACUCACAGCUCGGCGAACGGCGUGGUCUACGAAGACGACUUUGUCUCCUCCCGCAGUCAAUCAGCAUCAAAGAGAACCACUAAUGGCAUCAGUAACGGCCGGAGCUCUUCCGCCUCCACCCCUCUGUCCUCACCUUCCUCCGCCCACUCAAUCGGGAAGAGAGGGUCAGAGAAGAGUCUGGAGCGCACCCUAGUGGACGGACAGAGAAGUGCAUCCUCAUUCGCCUCUGAGCCUCAGAGGAGUGACUGGAGGAAGAGUGACUCGCCUCGAGGCUCUCGGAGGAGUGCUGACGGUAACGGCACACCAGGGGGCGCCUCGGUGCGCUCCAGUCACAGCAUGGUGUCUGAGAUCCGGCAGUUUCCCACAAGCCCCGUUGACUCUCCCAGAAUCCCCGGCUCCUCUUCAGCCAGUCCUGCGUCUGCUAGAGACUCCACCCCCAGAGCUGGAACAGCUCCCGGCUCUGUCCCGAACACGGGGCCUACCCACAACCUAGUCUCCACCCCUGGACCCGCCCACAGCACCACAGAGCUGCAUUUCGCCCCGGUCGUGCUGCAGCACCGUCUAAGCGCCGAGCUGAACUUCCUGGAUGCAGUGGAGGAGUCGGUGAGACAGCUGAGCGACGUGGAAAGGGUCAGAGCCGUCUCACUCGCUCAGCAGGAGAGUGUCUCGCUCGCGCAAAUCAUCAAGGCUCAGCAACAGAGGCAGGAGCGAGAGCUGCAGCUGCUGAAGCUGAAAGCGGAACAGGAUGCGCUGGAGGCUCAGAGACAUGUGCAGGAGAGCCGAGAGCGAGCGGCACAGGCCCAUGCGGAGCUGUGCGAGAACGUGGUUCAGUCUCAUCAGAAGGCUCUCAUGGAGCUGCAAGAGAACAGCAGCAAGAUGAUCCACCAACACGCAGAGACUGCACAACACCUCCGAGAGAUGACCGAGAUGACUCGUUCUCAGAUGCUCAAUGUUCCCUCUGUCACACCUGUAAGGCAGCCACACCCACAAACGGACAGUAGUAGGAGUGAAGUCUCGACAGAGAAAACGCCAACAGCAGAUACUCCACAGAGCAGUCUGACAGAGUCCGAGUCCUUCAGGAUACACACUGUCAGUGUGAGACAGGGCGAUAGCGACUGCGUGGACAGGAGCAGCUCGGUGGAAGAGGAAGUGAACACCGCCGCUGAUGACUCUCUCCAAACAGACAGAGCAGACAGCGUCUCAAUCAUUUACUCCUCGAAGUUCGAUGAGUCCGUGACGGAGGACGAGUUGGAGAAGUCGUUCCGCUCCGUGCUUCCCUCCGAGUCUCACUGGAGGGGAUCCGUGGAGAGGAAACGGCAGUCGGACGAGGAACCCCACCCUGAAAAAUCUUCUAAUAAGCAGGACGGCAGCGUCCCGGUGUUCUCGGCGGAUCAGUACAGUUUCUCAGAGUUCACCAUGGCGAUGGUGAAGCAGUGCAUGCAGGAAGAGGAAGUUCGCUCUCGGCAUCAGAGCUCGCUCCUGCGCCUCCGACACCGGGCACUCAAGGAAAAAACCCGCGCCGAGCUCGAUUGGCUCGAGCUCCAAAAGAGGCGUCUGCGUGAUAAGGGAGAGGAUGAUAAAAUGCCUCCGAUUCGCAAGAAACAGCGAGGCCUGCUGCUCAAACUACAGCAGGAGCAGGCGGAGAUCAGGAGGCUGCAGGAGGUGAACCGGGCGGCGCGGAGGGAGAGGAAACUGUUGCUAAAGCAGCAAGAGGAGAUUGAGAGGAUCCAACACACAACACUGAAACUGAGGGAGAAACUCAGGAACGCUGAAGAUACAAACCAGAGGUCACCUGUGUCAGGUGUGAGUGAGGAUUUGGCCCCUCCCACCGAGCUGAACGUUGAGUUUCGUAGCCCCUCCCCUUUAUCUGUGUCUGGAAGUGAGACCAGCAGCAUCAUGAAGAAACUGAAGAAGAUGAGCUAUCACACAGAUGAGAGCGGCAGCUGUCCCGUGCAGUGUCUCUUCUCCAUGUUUAGUGCCCUGCACUGGGCAUCUCUGCGUGUGUGUCUCCCUAAACUCCACCCUCACUUCCUCCUUAUCUACAGUCAGUUAGUCAGAUUUCUAACUCAGCGUGAGCUGCGAUUGGUGCAUUGGCGUCAGCAGGUGGAGGCGGAGCUAAGGCGUACGGAUGGGGCGGAGCCUCAGCGGGAGGGGCGGGCGCACUCAGACCAGCACGUGCAGCAGAAACGCAGCCCUGAUGAUCUGCAGAGAGAGAGACAGGAGGAGAGGAAGACCGGGCGAGAAGUGCGCAGUGAGGGGGACUCGUCUCCGCCGCUGUCCGUCUCCAGCAUACACACAGUGCAGGAGUGUGAGAACACACACAGCCAUGAGUCUCCCGUGGUUCAGGCGAGUUCCAGCAGUAAAGUGACAUCACAUAGCAGCUCCAGGAAACGGGACCUCCCUUCAUCAGCUCCUACAUCCGAGGCGGCGUCGGAUCAGAGCGACAUUGAGGGGCGUGUCCUGGCUCUGAGGGCGGAGCUUCGUCGGCGUAAAGCUGAAGCGCAGCGUCUGAAGAAGGAGCAGAGACUGAGACACAAAGAGCGACUGAAAGCUCAGGAGGCCAGUCUGCUCAAACAGCUGGAGUCCUGCAACGAGUUCAUUCAGAAGACCAAAGCCGAGCUGAGUGAAGCAGACAGCGCCGCUUCAGCUAAACCGCAGAUCAAAACUCCAACGUCGGGCUCACACAAGUCCAGAACCAAAACCUCCACCCCGGACAGGUCUGAAACCGAGAAGAGUUUCACAGGAAGGAGUCAGGAAUCCGAAUCGGAUAAAUCGGACAGAACACACACCGAGUCUCCGGCGCUGAGUGAUGAAGAUCCUCCCACCGUGACCCCGACCCCGGUGUUGGGAAGCCCGAAUCACUUGAGUCCACCUGAACCCCAAAACGCUGGGGGAACCCAACCCGAAAGUUCUGCCGGGCCAAAAACAGACGCCUUGGCCGACGGGAGCGUAGCCUCCAGCCCGAGAUCCGAGAUCAUCGAGGAGCUGGAAUCUCCGGGGUCGCGUUUGUCUCGGUCGGAACACUCGUAUCCGGCGCUCGACCUGAAAAUCCAGGACUCGAACGAGGAUUUCUCCAAGAACGAAACGGAAAUCGCUCUAGCCGCGAAAGUUGGCCACGAAGAAAAAGAGAUUGCGAACAAUUCCGAAGAUAUCAGAUCCAACUCCUCCUCACUCGUAGCUAAGCCAGAACCAGAAGAACCCAAGCGUCCAGAGAUUCCUUCACCCGUAGACGUCUCGUACACUCCGGACGUUUCGCCGAGAAAGGAAAACGACGAAGACUCGGAGCACAAACCCACCGCGUCGCCAUCGCUCGACAGCUACAACGAUGAUUUUGAGUCGGCGGUUCAGGAGGAAAAUCGAUCUCGCUCGCCUUCUUCUGAAGAUCUGGAAGAGGGAUCCUACAAAUUCUCCUUCAGCAGCAGUGAGGAGGAGAUCGAGGAAGAGAUUAGCGUCAAAUCAGGGAAUACCAGUGGUACAGUCGAGCAGGAAAGACCUUUGGAACUCGACUUCCUGGGGAAGCGUACAGAAGAACGCGUCGAUAGCAAUGUUCCCAGCCCUCCGAAGUCUCCGGAGGACGAGAUGCCCGGUUACGUCGUCGGGGACCGGGUUCUGGUGAGCAACGUUCAGCCAGGCACUCUGAGAUUCAAGGGACGGACGAGCUUUGCUAGUGGAUUAUGGACCGGAGUGGAGCUGGACGCGUCGGAAGGAAGCAACGACGGCAGUUACGACGGCGUCGUUUACUUCCAGUGCAAAGAGAAACACGGGAUAUUCGCUCCUCCUGAGAAGAUCUCUCGUCUACCCGAGGCGUCUGAAGGCCGUACCAGAACCUCAGAGAAGGAAGACUCGUCGUUCGAAGAUCGCUCGAACGAAACGGAGAAGACGAACAAGUCCGAAAGCACGCUUCAGAAUAAAAAAGCAGAUCCGGAUCCACCUUCUGAGACGAGAGAACCGUCCGAGAAACAUUCCGGUCUCGAUUCGAAGCUUUCUGGCGUUACAAAAGACCUGAAGAUUGACCCUGCUGCUAUUGAUGGCGAGAUCUUCGAGAACCUUAAUGGAGGAACCUGUCCUGUGUCACUUGAGAGAUUCGGAGAUGUCGUCCUGGAUGUCUCAAAAGUCGAGGAUGUUCGGGAAGAUCAAACGCCAGACAUUCUGGAUCUGUUGAUCCGUAGCGAGAUGUCCACGUCGACCGAGGACCUUCCUAAAUCCUUAGAUGUCCCUCCAGAGAGGACGAGCGAGGAGCGCAUGGACGGAUCGGCCGUGACGGAGAGCAAAUCCCUCACGACCCUGGCCGAUACACUCGUGGAGCGCUUCAUGAGCGAUGCCCUGAAACAGUUUCAGCAGAUCAAGAAAGCGAAGGAGGAGAAAAUCUCAGCCGCCAACCAGCACGUGUUCCUCGCUGAGGACGAAGAACCCAGUGGGAGCGAUGUGUCCCAGCUCAGAACUUCAUCCAGCAGCAAGAUCGACAAGGAAAGCUUCCACAACUUCUUCGACAAGGACCAAGAAGAAGUGUCUUCUCCGGAGCUUUGCAACCGAUCGGAGAGCCCGGUGUUGGGUCAGGAGGAGCUGGUCCAGCGUUUAGCCGAGCUGGAGCUGAACCGCGAGUUCCUGCACGUGCUGGGCGACGAGCAGGACUGGUUCGACGAGGACUUCGGCCUCAGCUCGCGCAGACACGCUCAGCACAAGAACAAACCCCGGCAGGACGAGCUCACGUCCAUGUCCGCAGCUAAACUCCCGCACGUCAGGCAGCAGCAGGAGGAGGCGGCGGCCAUGUUGGUCCCUCACAAAGCUGCCGAGGUGGAGAAGCUGGUGAGCGCCGCCCUGCUGGAGAUCUGGAGGAGCUGCGGGAUGGAGCGCGGUAAUCAGAGUCUGACCGCCGUGCCCAAACCUCAGGCUUCAGAGACAUUGCUGGGGGACGAGAACGGCGAGCAGUGUGUACGCAGCUACAAACAGGCGGUGUUUGACCUGGCGUGGGAGCUCAUGCAGGAAAUCUACGCCGAAGAUCCCAACGCUGAUCGCCCGCCGUGGAUAAAACCGUUCCGUGUUAAUUCACCCUACAUCCACAGAAUCGACGACCCCAGUGACCUCACUCAAGUCCAGGCGUUGGUCAGCGGUGAGGUUCUGAAGCUGUUCGCUCUGAAUAAAGAGCAGAACCACAGAACCGACUGGCAGAAGAUGCUCAAGUUCGGCCGAAAGAAGAGAGACAGAGUCGACCACAUCCUGGUGCAGGAGCUCCAUGAGGAAGAGGCUCUGUGGGUGAACUACGAUGAAGACGAGCUGUUCGUGAAGAUGCAGCUGGCUGACGGGAUCCUGGACACGCUGCUGAAGGACACGGUGGACCUUCUCACCAACAUCCACGAGAGGAGGAGGUCCACACGGGCCCUGUCCUGAUCCUCCUGCUCGUAUCUCCUACUCUCACACCCUGCUCUGUCGUUAUUUAGGAUGGAACCAAUAAUACCGGCUUCUCCCAGAGAUCUAGAUGGGUCGUGUCCCGAUUCUGCUGCUCAGAUCUCCUCCCUCCUUUAGGAACCUCCCUGCGAUCUGCGUUUGGGACAGAGCCGGAACUGUACCAUAUUCGCCUUUGUGCUGGAUUUUUAAUUUAUUUGUAAAGAGGUUUUUAAAACUGUGUGAAACGUGUAAAGAGACGAUGAAUUGAGCGCGCGCAAACGCGUCCGAGCACAUGCGGAACCGAGAGGAGCCAAGGCGAUGAGAGGAUUUAGAGAUGAAUGCAAAACAGUAGAUUGAUCUGUAAACUUCGUAUUUAAAUAAAUAAAUAAAUAAAUAAGUAAAUAAAGUGAUUUUAGAAGAGUGUAACGAUCCGAGACUAAAGAUAACGAGUGCACGACGAGAGAUUAGAGCUUUAUUUGCCCGUCACUUUCCCGUCUGCCUUUACCGACCUCCAUGUUAAGUGCCUCACGGUUUAGGCUCCCUCCGUAGGGAAGAACCGUUCUACAGCCUUCCUCUCGUGCGCGUCGCGUCGAGCCGAGCCGCCUUUUUAAUCUCCGAACUCUUAAAACCUCCUUCCGUUUCUGCCUUACAGCCGGAUUAUAAAGCAGAGGAGGAGUGUACACUUAGUAGUGUGCACUCGGUAGCGCAUCCGCCCGAAUGGGACCCCGCACACCCGGCCUUCUCCGAGAUCGAAAUGGGCCACGUCCUGAUUCUACUACUCUUUGAGAGGCUGUGUCCUAAAUCUACACCUUAGAUUAUUUUUCCCUUUCAGUAGGGACCCGAACGGGCAGUGUCCCGAUUCUGCUGCUCACCCUGUUUUUAUGAACUCUUCAAACCUCGGUACAGAACCUCCCUACAUCCUGCGUUCAGGACAGAACCGAAACCCCUACCCGAUUUAAAAACCGGCCCUGUCCUGAUUCUGCUACUCUUGACUCCUCUUACGCACUCAGUAGGGCUCUUCCUCCAGCUCCAGAUGUUUUCUGACAGGCUGUGUCCUAAAUCUGUUCUAGCUUUGAUUUCCCUCAGUGUAGGGGUCCUUGAAACCCAGAUCCACGCUUACAAGAGAGCCUUUCUACAUUUAGGACAGAACCGGGACUUUAUUCUAGAAGAUUUAAACAUUUCCUGAUUCUAGUACUCUGAUCUCCUGCACACUCCCUAGGGAUCUUCCUUACAGCCUGCGUUUAGGACAGAACCGAAGCUCUACUUUAUUUUAAUUGUCCUCAGUGUAAGACGGGUCUGUGUCCUAGAUCAUCUGCACGGUUUUUCCCUGUCGUGGGCGUGUUCUAAUCGUUUAAUGUUUUUCAAAUUUAUUUUAGCUAUGCAGUAAGAAGAAUGCAACACACACACACACACACACACACACACACACACACACACACGUACGUUUUUCAACAUACACUCUACCUCUUUUAGAGAAAAGGCGACGUGACAGCUGAUUACACACUUUCGUAUCGCCAUAACGACCUUUUUAUCACGGUUUUACAAUAACAAGAAUCAUGAUCUGUAACAGUCAUCAUUCCUCGCGCCGCCAAGUUUCUCUCACUACCACCGGAAUUAUGGGAUUGUCUUCUCCUGCUUCUCCAGAUCCGUCCAAAAUAAGGGCUUUUACAAAAUGGCGGUCUCCAUGUUGCCUUCUGAAAAGGCUCUCGGUAAGGAACCCGCUUGCAGCCUGCGUUUAGGACGGAGCCCAAACCCGGUUUUUCCGUGUGAUCCGAACGCGAGCGGCGAAACCCCGCCUCCCCGAGCAGCCUGCUCCCUGUACCAAAGCUUCCACCAUGACGGAGUCUUACACGUUGAAAUAUCGCUAUAUGCUAUCUCUCGAGAACGGCUUCCUCUUGUAAACCGCUCGGCCUCACGGCAGCAUCUCGUUCCCGUGAGGACGAGUGCAGGGUGCGGGUCAGACGCUCGGCCGGGGACGAGGACGGAGGUUGCAGCUCGGUUUGUGCACACGUACGUAGUGAACCUAAACAGCUGUUUCAAGUUUGUAAAUAAAGCUCUGAAAUGUUUGA